AUUUAAGGCACCACCAUUGUAUUUUAACUAAAACGAACCAGUCUGUUGUCUGCAUGGGCUGUAAGCGAAGAAGGAAGGAAGUGGAAGUAAGCCUCUCGCUUCAAGUUCCCUUCGUCCCCCUGGGCUAACUACGGCAAGUCGUUCGUUCAUGCUAUGCAUGCUAGUUAGCACUGACAAAUGUGACACCAUUUUUAUACAUUACGGGCAGAGAUACCUAAGUGUCUUAAAAUGUCAGUGUUUAGUCUCGCUGCUAAACGCACAUGCCGUGGUGUGUCGUGCCUGAAAAUCACUCGAUACUCUGUAACAAACGUGGAGAACUUCCACAGAAGAAGAAACCGCUGCCUGCAGAGCCACAUCACAAAUGUAACGCGUCUGUUUAGCUCUCAUCCACAUAACUCCAAGGUACCAGAGGUUGCAACAUGGGAACUAGUACCAGAGGACCAACUUCCCCCGCCUGCCCAUAUUCCUACUGACCUGGUGGACAAACUGGAGCGACUGGCCUUGGUUGAUUUCCGCACCAAACAGGGACUGGCCUGUUUGGAGAAAGCUAUACGAUUUGCAGAUCAGCUUCAUGUUGUUGACACGUCAGGGGUUGAACCAAUGGAUUCAGUUCUGGAGGACAGGGCAUUAAACCUGAGAGACGAUGCAGUGAUGGAAGGGGACUGUGCUGAAGAACUGCUUCAGCUCUCCAAAAACACAGCUGAAGAAUAUUUUGUGGCACCACCAGGAAACAUUCCGUUACCAAAGAGGGAGGAGAGGGCCGCCUUGCUGAAACAUUCAGAGUUAUGAUAUUUAUUACUAAUUUUUCAUUUGGGAAGUUGUUGUGUAAAGUAAAAACCUGCUGGUCAUGCAUUUAGAUUUUGUUGUUUUUCAGUUUCCUUUGACACCUGCAGUAUAGUUAAAUCUUGUUUUAGUUUCAGUAUCAUUUUAUUAAAAUUGUGAGUGAGCAGUGUGUUGGCAACCUGUGUUAUCAGGGCAGUGCAAUGGCUGUCCAUUGUUUUGAUCUGUGAUUUAUAUUAUUAUAUGGAGCCCCCCUCAGCUGAGAGCCAUGUGUAAAUCUAUAAACUAUGCACAUAGAUUGUGAAUCUGAGGGAACAGUUCACAAAACUGAGGGCACAGAUUUGCAAACUGUGCGCACAGGUUUAGGCAUAGCUCUUUCUUCCCCUUUAUGUAUCCUGUUUUCAUUCUAGUGUUGUUAAACUUUGAUAAUAAAAAUUGUAAUCUUU